UGUCCCGGCCGCCUUCCCGCCUCGCCCGCCGCCCUCCGCGUUACCGGGGCGACGGGCGGGAGCUGUGGCGGGACGGGCGCCGGGGUCGGCCGGGCUGCAGGGCUCGUACCGCGGCCACAGCGGCAGCGGGGGCGGCAGGAGCGGAGGGGGGAGCACGGCAGGUUAAAACGACAAUCAGUAUCAUGGAGGAGGAUUUACAAGUGUUCCAGGAGCAAGCUGUGACUAAAGCUUCUCCAUGUGAAGCUGAACUUCAGGAAUUAGUGCAUCAAAUUGACAUCAUGGUAAACAGAAAGCAAGUAGAAUGGGAAAGAAAGAUGAGAACUUUGGAAGCAAAGAUGGAUAUCCAGGACCAAGAAUUAACAAGUGCCCAAAGCAAACUGGUUCAAAAAGGUCAAGAGGUGGGACUGCUUCAACAAGAAUUGGAAAACUUACAGAAAACGAAAUAUGAAAUGGCUCAGAGUUAUGAAACUCAGCUUCAAGCACUGAAAUCUCAAUUCUCAAAGUUGACACAUAGUUAUGAAAAGCUACAGUCACAUCUGUUAAAACAAAAAAAGCUCGAAAGUAGAGAAAAAUGUGAGGAAAACCUGGGAACAUCAUCUGACCCAAGGAAUUUAUAUGUGAAACUGGAGGAAUUUAAGGCAAAAUCAAGAGAAUGGGAGAAGAAUGGGACAACCUGUGAAAAUAACUCUGUUUAUGUAGAUGUGCAACCAAAAUUAUUGCCCGAGAAAUGUAAUUUAUUUCAGAAGCAGACCCAGAAUUAUCAAUUCCAAAUACACACUAAGAAACAAAACCAAGAAGACCUAAUUACCUAUGCCCAGCCCAGAAGUGAAAAUGAUGAUUUGACUAUUGAAAAGCUAAAGGCAAUUGUGAAUGAAAUAGCAAGAAACAAGAAUAAACUGGAAGAGGAAAAUAUGAAACUCCAUGAGGAUCUAAAAAUGUACCAAAAUCAGUGCCAGAGCAUGGAGGCAGACGUCUCAGAAAUGAGAAAUGAGCUGCAGUCAAGGGAUAGUCUCUGGAGAAGGAUACAUCUGGAAUGCCAACAGUUGCAUAAAGAAUUAUUGAAAAUCAAGGAGUAUAAAGAUAUGCAGGAAAUUCAAAUAAAGCAUCAAUCAUCUUGUGUUCAGCUUACUGAGCAACUAGAAAAUAAAAGCACUGAGUUACUGCUAUUUGCAGAAGGUCAAGAACACCAAGAAGAAGAGCUGAAAAAGAUAAGAAACCAUGUUUAUCGAGAGGAGCAGUCCCAUUGCUCUGAGCAGGAAAGAAUGAAGACAGAAAUCUCUGACCUGACAGAGGAGCUUCAUCAUAAGGAGAUCACUAUAGCAACUAUCAUGGGGAAAGCUAGUCUUCUGGAAAGACAGUUAAAAAUGGAGUUAGAGACAAAACACAAAUUGUUAACAGAACAACAGUUGUUGGAAUUCCGUUACCAAGUUAUCAAAUCUGAAAACACACGUCUAAAAGAAAUGGUGGAAAACCAGGAGUGUGAAAGUUGCAUGAGUAUAGAUUUAUGUAACAAAGAACAUGGAAAUUUCACAGCUUCUGUUCACAAAAUGAAACAUGAGAAUUUAAGACUACAAAAUAGCCUUGUUAAACUACAAAAUGACACAGAAGCAUCAAUACUGGGUUGCAUGGAUACAUAUAGGGAAAGAGAGCGCAGCUACCAAACCCAUUCAAAGAUGCAAGAAAAGGAAGAGAGAUCUUUCCAAAAUAAAUACGCACGGGAAGUGGAAUGUCAACCGAUUGCUGUGCUCACUGCCGGUGGAUACCACAGAAACUGCAGUCCUGCUUUGUAUGGCCAAGGCAAUAUCAGCAAUAUCACUGGUUCAAAAAAUGAUACCACUUUAUUUUCUUAUCCACUUCACAGAGGUCAUGAAAAGAAAAUAGUUUAUAAAUCUCCAUUACCACCAGUGGGGUAUCCUUUGGGCUUUCCUGGGCCAUUUCCUGAAAUGGGCAGAACAGGCAGCUUUCAGAGCCCUGCUUACAAUGCAGAAGAAAUCAAAUUAUCCGAGCCCUGUACAUCAGGAGGCCUGUCUCACUCAGGAAGGAUGUCUCCCCUUGAGAUGUCUUUCCCUGCAACAACGGAAAAGUUCCUUCAAGAGGAAGAGAAACACGCAAGAGAAUUUGAAGAACGUUUAAAUUCACACCUUGAAGAGUUGCAAAGAUAUUCUGAAAAUACUCUAAAAAAAUAUGCCAGGAUGCAGCAAAGCAGGCAUACAUAAGCCAUUCACACAAUUAAGAAAAGCAAACCAAGUAAUCACCUGUGAGUUUCUUAGAACUAAAAUCUGCAACUAGCUGCUUAAUGUAUUUAGGCACAUUGCCAAGAGCAUGUAUUUGUAACACCAAGUUUUCGAGAAAAUCAUCAUUAUCCUACAGAUUUAAGUAUACUGCGAUUUGACUAUAUUACAAAAUAAACUCUAAACAUAUUCUAAAAUAUACAGGUGGGUUUUGCACAGUGCAGCAGAGACCCUGUUGCAGCACUGUUAAUUUAAAAAGGUACAAUUCUGUAAUGUACAAAGGGCUAAUAAGUGGAAUUAUUCCCUUGAAAUUAGAAUCCACCAAAAGAAGUUCUCUAGAUUGUACAGAAAAGUAAUAAAGGCCUUUAGCCAUGUCUCAGCUCCUGGCAUAAAAAGCUUAUCUAUGCUCUGGUGAUUCUUGGCUACAGAAAUAGCCCCUGGGUCUCUGGAAAUGCUGCUCCAUGAGAAGAACAUGAAAAGACAGAGCACAUGUUUUGAAGCCACCCACAACUCCCCUUUUACCAGACCUAUAGACUUCACCAGGGGCAGACCUUGAUCUCAGGUGCUUUACCUGGAGACUUUACAAUUUUUAAAACCUGUAUUCAAAAGCACUUACUUUGGGUUUAAGUUUUGUUACCGUGUUGGCUUGUUGUUUAACUAUAUUGGAACAGCGAGGAAAAAGUUUAACUUCAGACAACAUGUGAUCGGUCUUAGGUGAGGGCCUAAAUUCUUUACAUUUUCCUACAUCAUAGAAGAACAUUAUAUAACCAAGCAGAGUUAAUUCAACUCCAUGUGGCAAAAAUCUGCAUAAUACUGAGAUUCCUUUUAUUUGCAAUUCAUACUGAAUUCUAUUGCUGUGCAAGCGAAACAGAAAUUACAGACACUGUUGAUGAACCACCAAUUUCAGUGAAUGAGAUACUGAAGAACUGCUUUCCAGCAUAUACUGUUGCCAACUUCCUGGGAAAAUCUGGAUAAAAAUAAUACCAGGCUGUCAAACUGCUCCAGUUUGUGAGUAAAAGAAGUCUCAUUAAUAUUCAGGACCAUGGCUAAAAUGUAACUUGUUUUUGGAUGCUAUAUUUCCACUAAGACAAAAUACACUACAUCAUACUUACACAAAAUACCAAGAUUUUAAAUACCAGUUUGGUGCAGCUUGCAGUAAAAUGAGUAACGAAGAUGAGGACAUCAAAGAACCUUUUACAGGAAAAUUCAGGAAAAUUACUAGACUCAGCUGGAGGAACAAGGACUGAAUAAAAAGAUGACGGAAGGACAUCUGAACAAACUAAAUAUAUAUGUAUCCUCAGCUUAGGGGGAGAUGCAGUUUUAAAAGGAUUAAUGAAGAAAUUCAGGAACCUCUGAAAAUAAAGCUAAAUUUUAAGCUGGGAAAGAUCUAUAGAAGUAAAAGACAGCAAAAUACUGUCUUUCAGAAGGGCAAAAUAAAAAAAAUUAGCCAGUUAGCCAGUCUUUUUGCUACUGUCAAACACAAAAGAUGAUCGUCUGUUCCAGAUCUUCAAUGAAAUGUGUCUGCCUCCAGUUCAGACCUGAGGACACCUCUCAAGGUAUAGGUCUGUGAGAUGAUGCAGAAUGAGUGAAUGAAAUCAUCAAAAAAUGAGUAAGAUUUUUUUUUUCCUGAAGUUUUUUGAAAUCUGAGCAAGCUACUAAUUUUUGACAAUUAAAUACCAGUUAGUUUCAGCCUGGCUUUUGUGCAAUGCCAUAUAAUAAACUGCCUGUACGAAGCAUUGAAAACUGCAAGUACCUGUAUCUGAACAGCCUACUUGUUACUCUUACUGCCUGCUCAGAGAGCAUUAUGCCACAAAUGUGCUGAGACACAAUGGAUCAAGGUGCCAUUUUUUUAACACCUACUUACCAGAAAGGUUGUCCUUCUCUUUCUUAGGCAAACAGCAAAAGUUGCUCAUCUGACAAUCCCCAGUUUAAAUGAGCCCAUUGCUACCAGAGAAUAGCUGGAGCCACACCACUGGUUUGAAUACUUUAAUUGCAUUAAAAGUAUCAAAAACCUCAGCUGAGGUUUUUGAAGGAAGAUACAUAUUCCUGAUGUUAUCAUGACAAAAAAACUUUUUAAAGAAUGAUGCAGAGCAGAAAUAAUAAAGACUGAGAAAUGAUGCGUUUAUGAACAGGGGUUGGGCAUGGAUGUAUAUUGUCAAAAAAGGAAUAAUCAGAAGGGUCCGAGGCUAUAAAUGCCUGAAAACACCAAUAAAAAUGAAAAAAAGAAGUAGUAGUAAUCAUUAGGCUAAUUUGACAGGACAAGGUGCAAUCUUUGGGAGCUGCAAAUUGCCCAAAAAAUACAGAAAAUUUCUAUUCUACUUUGUGAAUAGCAAGGCAAUGGAAAAUUUUUGUAAGCUGCUGGACUUUGAUAAUUUUUCAACGCUGUACUGAAAAGCAACUUUUUGGCUCCCAGUUGAAAGACUUGUUUUAAAUACAAAGAACAAUGGCUCAGGCUGCCACCAGCUUUUUUUUUGACUGAAGGAAAAACAGAGGCCAAAUGCACGAUGUUGCCAACAUGUUUCAUCAAGAUGUAAUUUUGAAAUAGUUGGUGGCGUAAGAGCUGCCAGAGCAUUGCUGUCCAAUUCAUCCCCCAAAACUUACUCUGAGGGGGCUGAAACAGCAGUUACUGAAUAGAACAAUUUAGAAGUGGCUCGCAUUAAAGUUGGAUAUUUAGCACAUUUUCUUCCAUUUCUUCCUCUCUCCUUUUAUGUAUGGGAAAUUUAGGAGUAUAAGAAUGGAAGAGUGUCAGACAGUGGGUACUCUGAGCCAAUGUAGAGAGGAACGCAAACUGCAGCAGCAAAGCAGUGCCAAAUGAACACAAAAAUGAACAAACAAUCACAGGCAUGGCUCCCUUGCUUUUCCGAUGGGUAGAUUUAAACAAAGGCCAAUAAAUCUCUGCUGUGAUCAGAGAUAGUACAGAAAGUGCCUUACCCCCCAGUCUCACUGUUCUGGCUUUAUUGUAGUGUAACUGGUUCUAAUUCCUGGUUUAACAGCAGUACAACAGCACACAGAAUCAAGCCCACCAGCACUUAAUAAUUCAAAGCUCAGCUAAACACCUCUGGUGGGAAUGAGAAGAAAGCCAUUAACAGAGGCUGCUGAAUGCAUGAGCCCCAGGUGACUUCACAUCUACAAUCUGGCAUGCCAGUCAUCAAAGCCUGGAUUACACAGCCAGCUCAGGUAUGUGCUGAACUCCAUUCACUCCUGCUGCUCUCUGCUCCUGUAUCUCCCACAGACUCAACAGCUGGGAGAGUGCAGAGGGCACUGGGGAGAAGGUCGUUAGCUUGUAUCAUUCCUCUCUGGCUUUACAACCUACAACAGCCAAUUAUAUCAUUCCCAUCAUUUUCUUCCCCAUUUAAUUCCAUUCAAAACAGCUAUCCAUUAGAUUUUACACGAACUGCCUUUUGCUAGGGAAAUUUGGGUUUUUUCUUCUCAGACACAGCAGUCUGCUGAGAAAAUGUUAGAUUAAGCAGAGUUCAUUGGAACUGGCCAAACCAAUGAGGGAACUGUGUGUUGUUUUUUCCUUGCUGUAGGGAUCGGAUCUCAAAGUUCACUGUGUUGGAGUUACUAUUUAAUCACAUGGACACCCUCAAAUCCAUAAAUAGGCUGUAAUUUAAUGUACCGCACCUAAAUUUCUGCUCAUGGAUUGAGCAAUGCCCCUAGACUGUGAUACGCUGCAUUCCUGCAUCCCUUCCUAAGUCAACAGACCGAUCUGGUUUUUUCACCUCUUCCACAGCUACAGGAGUGUUCAACCUGUACAUGAACCAUCUGGGCCCUGAACAUAAACCCUCUGAAAAAAGAACAGUGCAUCUUCUCUGAUACGUGCAUUUCAACUGAACAUCAGUGAAUAAGUAAAUAUUUUCUUGUAGACGGAUUGAAAUGUAAGACCAAGAGCCAAACUCUCUGAGCUCUCAAAACAUGUGCAGUUCUUCCUUCAGCCCACAGGCAGUGCCACUGGCUUCUCUCACUUGGCUCUGGGGAGCUGGGGCCAUGUGUAACACAGCUGGGCAUUUACCCACUGCUAGAAUACUUGACGCGAUUGCUUUGUUUUCUUAGCCCUUCGCAGACAUUUAUAAAACUCUAUUCAAACCUUGAUGUUUAAGUAUUUGACUCAGAUUGGAUGUAUGCUUUGAAAAAUUUGGUUUAAAAAACUGCUUCUACAACUUGAUUUUCAGAAGGCAAUGGCAGGUUUUUAAUGACUUCACCUGAUAAUAAGCACUCUUGGAAACCAUAGGACACUGCAGCAUGAGUUUUCUGGUAAAAUGCUUGUAAUAAAUCAUUCCAUUUUGCCCACAA